UUUUGUCACAUGGAACGACAAGCCAUGAAUCUUAUACUUAGUCGACCCUUUUGUUUAUUAUGCUUUGGACCUAAAGGAAACUAUUUUCCUUUUCAAGCUUCAAAAGAAGAACUUUGUGAACUUAUAUUCAAUGCACCAACUUUGCCUUUGUGGUCCAAUGGCUAUUCUUCUGAGGAACACAAGUUGACGGUUAGCGACAUUUUACGUUUAUUACGUCCUUCUUUACCCGAAUUGUGUGAUGCAACCACCUUUCACUGCUUCUCUCAGUGUCUUUUAUUAACUAGGAAGGACCAUUUCUUUGCCAUCAUACUGAGGGAUAGACUGUUGCUAUUCGUUCACAAUUCCCAUUCCAGUAUUUCAAGUAUUUUACAAGAAGCUUUACAAUCGUUGCAAUAUUCAGAAGAUGGCAACUCAAAAGAUCCUUGUGGGUUUUGCUGGUUAGCACUUUCCUCUCUCAUCGUUUGUCAAGCGGAAGACUUGAAAGGAGUGUUCGAAGAGUUGCAACAGCAGAAUACUGAGUUGUUACACCGAGUCAAAAGUGUAACCGAUUUCAUCCAUUAUAAAGACAUUGUGUUACAACGGGAAAGCUUGCAACGUCUAUGGAUGGAAUUGAAAGAUUUUGAACAAAUAUUAUUACGUAUCUUAAAGAUGGCGCAUUCUGUUGAUUCUUUUUUCAAUCCGACUGUCGUCUCUUCAAUGCAUGCCAUUUUAAGAAUUAUGGAUCAAAUGGCAUCUCAUAUCCAUCAACGAGUGGAAGUUUCCAAUCAAACAGAACAUUGGCUUAUGAUGGAAUCCGACGCAGUUCAGUCUCAACUAUUAUCUUUCGAUGUUCCUUUGACUUUUUCAGCUGCUUGUUUUCUAUUAUGCUUUCUUGUAAGUCGUUCAAUUCUAUAUCACACUUAUUGCUAACUAGUCCCAGUUUUUUGCCUUUACAGGAAUGAAUACUGGUAUACCUAUCUACAGUUCUUCACAUGCUAUCGAUUAUUGGAUUGGAAUGGUACUCAUUGUGGUAGUCUUUCUUAGUUGUUAUGGAUGGGUCAUGACAAAAUGGCUUCGACG